AUGUGGGGGCUGAAGGUAGCUGUUUGUGCGCUGCUAACGGUAGCUGCCGCGUCGACCGAUUUAUCCUCGACGUCCAACGAAGUGACGAAUCGCAAAGAGCGAAAUUUACUUCUGUAUAAUCACCUUUUUCAGCUGCCGCAGGUCAAUCUAAAUGCAAAUUUAAAUAAAAACAAUAGCAAUAAAAACAACAACAACAACAACAACGCCGAAUCGUCUCGCCUAGAUCACCACUUAUGCGAUUCACCUGACGGAACGACAGGCAUCUGCUACACUAAAGAAGACUGUGAAAACUUGGGAGGAAUGAGUCUCGCUUCCUGUGAUAACGGCGAAGGAGUUUGCUGUUUAGUGGAGAAAAGCUGCCGCAACGUGACAACUCACGCUAUGUCCUACUUUGUGAAUCCCAGUUACCCAAACCAGGACUCCGGAACCUCGUUCUGCGACUUCCGAAUUGACGUCACAAACAAAAAUAUUUGCCAGUUACGGUUGGAUCUUGAACAAUUUUCUUUAGCAGCACCACAUCGUCACAUGGGAAUAUGUCGCAAUGAUCGAUUUAUAGCAAUGACAUCCCUCCCCAAUGGCAUUGGUAUCAGUGAGUUAUGUGGCGAAAAUCAUGGUCAACACUUUUAUGUGCCAGUGGAUGCUACAUACGCAGGUAGCACAUCUGUUUCCCUCAUGAUUAUGACAUCAGGCGGAAAGCCAUAUCAUUGGCGAAUACGCAUCACCCAAGUCGAUUGCAAGGAAACCCCAGAACUGGCAGCUCCACCAGGAUGUCUUCAGUAUCACACAGAGAUGAAAGGAGUAUUAGAAAGUUUCAACUACGCUGGAGGCGGGGGCCACUACCAAACUAAUCUGGAUUAUGCAGUCUGCAUUAGAAGAUCUCCGAAUACAUGUCGUAUUGUUUUUACACAGCCAGAAGAUUCCGUUUUUGUUAUCAAUUCAGCAGAGGGAGCUGAAUUGGCAGAUGGAGUGGGGCGAGCAGGUACUACAAGUUGUGACUUGACAACUCAUGACUACGUGCAUAUACCUGGAGGAAGAUAUGACGGUCCGACAAUGCCCGGAUUACACACAGAAGACGAAAUGGAUGAACCUGAUGAAGACUUUUCUUACUCGACAGCUGACAAAUUCUGUGGAAAUGCAUUAUCCGGGUUGGCAAUUACAGAAAAUGUUGAACGAUUGCGUUCUGGAUACACCCUCGAUCCUAUUGACAAUUCCACAGUGUCUUCACCUGUGACAAGUUAUUCUUCUGGACCUAUUGUAGUGAGAUUUCACACAGAUGGCAUAUCUGAGCCCCAUUUGGAAGUUGGUUGGCGUAUAGAAUAUCAACAAAUGGUAACUGGUUGCAAAAGACAUUUUGGAUAACACUUAUGGCAUGGUACAGUGUUGCACAAUGAUGUCUAUAAAUCAAAGGGCUUG